UAUGUCAGUGUCUUUUCAAAGCCCAAUCAUGAAGGCUGCUCAAGAUCUCAGCCCCUGGAUAUGGUUUUAUCUACUGUUGUUGAGUGACUUAAUUCAUUUUGGAUCUAAUUUCUGCCAGGCAGUGCCAAUUGUCGGAGGUCGGAUCGUGUCAACCGUGGGGAGCACAAGUAAAUACCCCUUCAUGGUCUCCUUACAAGACGUAAUUACGGGAAAUAUCACGAUCGGAGUUUCUUAUCGACAUUUUUGCGGUGGCAGCCUUAUCAGCGAUCGAUGGAUAUUGUCCGCAGCUCAUUGUGUUUGGAGGAAAAACAUUCACAAUAUUGCUGCCUUUAUUGGCCAUGAGAAUAUUGAAAACAUCGGGGAGCUGGAACCAUAUGGUCUGGAAAGCGCCGAGUAUAUUUACUUCCAACCCUCAAACUUUCGGAACGAUAUAGCUCUGUUGUAUAUGAAGCGUCGCUAUUGGAGUGCCUUCAGCAAUGGCCUCCGUUUCGCCCAACUGCCACCUCAGGGCAUGAAACCAGACCAAAAUGAAUCCUGUCGCAUUAUUGGCUAUGGAGCAACCCAACAUGCUGGACCCUGUCAAAAGAGACUUUUCGAAGCCGAAGUUCGGGUAAUUGAAAAUCAAAAGUGUCGGGAUAUUAUAGGACACAUUUGGGCGCCCCAGAAUGGAGCGAAUACGGUAUGUGCCCUGGGCAACAAUCAGGAUUCCUGUCAAGGAGAUUCGGGCGGCCCCCUGAUUUGUCCAUAUGGCGGCAAGGACUAUAUCUACGGCCUUGUGUCCCACGGACUGACUUGCGGCAUCCAAGGUAUGCCCAGCAUCUAUACAGUGACCAAACCAUACUACGAUUGGGUCCAACUGCUGGUGCAGUCCUAGAUCUCUGGCGAUCACGUAUAAAUAGUAUAUUUAUUAUGCGAUAUCAAACAGAACAGUAAUGAAUAUAUGUAUACUUGAACAAUGCAGAAA